AUGUCGAAAAGCGUGGCUGAAUUCGCGGAAAUUCAAGAGAAAGCUUAUGAAGAGGAGAGAAAUGCGAAAGAAGCGGAAAUUCAGAAUCUGAAAGAACAGAUUAUGGGAAAAAUCGAUGUGGACACUGCGAAUAUUUUCAGAAAAGCGAAUGAAGAUCUGAAAAUUAGUCAAGAAAUGGUGAAAGAAAUGGAGAAGAAGUUGGAUGCGAAGGAGAGAGAAAUGAGUGAUUUGAAGGAAGAAUACAAAAGAAAUUUAGAGGAGAAAGAGGACGAUAUCAGACGUCUAAGAGAUGAUCUUCGCUACUCAGAGAAUGAUGCUGGAGAAUUAUACGAUCAAAUGGAGCGUCUGGAACGAACCGAAGAGAGACAGCGCGAGAAAAUUUAUAAGCUGGAAGAGAAGCUGGCGGAGUACGCGGAGAGUGAUGAAUCAGAUGAAUCAGAUGAAUCUGAUGAAGAUUGA